UUCCACUAUUUUUAGGCCACAUGAUUCUCUCUAUUACAAAGACUGAGUUAGUUUUCUGUUAGCAAAAGAAACUCCCACACAGAAAGAGAGAGAAAGACAGAAGAUAUCAUUACAAUUGAAAUCCUCCUCACUUCUUGUUUUUCCAUCUUCCUCUUUUCAGGAGAGGGAUUUCAUAAACCAGAGCUGCCAAUGAGGCAAAGGUUUUCUGGAGAUUCAAGUAUUCAUUUCUGAUACUAAUAUUCUCCUCCCCCUCUGAGAUUUCUGAUAUAUACUUUAGAUUGGUUCAACAAUGGAGAAGAAAGCAGCAGGCAACAUUUUGAUGCAUAAGUACGAGGUGGGGCGAGUUCUUGGCCAGGGCACAUUUGCAAAGGUGUACCAUGGAAGAAAUCUAAAAACGGGACAAAGCGUUGCGAUUAAAACGAUCGAUAAAGAGAAGAUAUUAAGAGUAGGCAUGAUUGAUCAAACCAAGAGAGAAAUAUCUGUGAUGAGACUUGUUCGCCAUCCAAAUGUGGUUCAGCUAUACGAAGUCAUGGCUAGCAAAACCAAAAUAUAUUUCGUGAUCGAAUACGUUAAAGGUGGAGAGCUUUUUGAUAAGAUUCUUAAAGGAGGAAAACUCAAAGAAGAUGUUGCAAGGAAAUAUUUUCAGCAAUUAGUAAGCGCCAUUGAUUUCUGCCAUAGUCGCGGAGUUUACCAUAGAGAUCUUAAACCUGAGAAUCUCUUGCUUGAUGAGAAUGAGAAUUUGAAGAUUUCGGAUUUCGGGUUAAGUGCUUUGUGGGAUUCAAGAAGACAAGAUGGUCUUCUUCAUACUACUUGUGGAACACCGGCUUAUGUUGCGCCAGAAGUGAUACAUAAGAAAGGCUAUGAUGGAGCUAAAGCGGAUAUAUGGUCAUGUGGUGUCAUUUUGUUUGUUCUAUUGGCAGGUUACUUGCCGUUUCAAGAUUCAAAUAUAAUGGAGAUGUAUAAAAAGAUUAGGAAAGGAGAAUUCAAGUGUCCGAAUUGGUUUAAGCCAGAGGUACGUAAGCUUCUCUCGAAAAUCCUUGAUCCGAAUCCACGUAGUAGAAUCACUGUUGAAAAAAUUAUGGAGAAUUCAUGGUUCACUAAAGGGUUCAAACCAAUUGAGAGCCACCUUGAAACUCCAAAGCAAGACAGGGUUCCAAGCUUUGGAGACAUAAAUGAAGCGUUUCGCCAUGGUACAAGUAGCUGUGAUGAGGAGGAAAGUUCAGAAGAACGACAUAGUAUGAAACCCACUUGUCUUAACGCGUUCGAUAUCAUUUCUCUGUCAGCAGGAUUCAAUUUAUCAACCCUUUUUGAGAAGGAAACUGAUCAAAAAUCCGAGUCUCGGUUCACAACGACAAAGCCAGCAUCCACAAUUGUUUCAAAAUUGGAGGAAAUAGCGGAGACGGAUAGGUUUAAGGUGAUGAAGAAAGAUGGUGGAAUGGUGAAGCUGGAAGGAAGCAAGUCAGGAAGAAAAGGACAUCUUGCAAUUGAUGCAGAGAUUUUCGAGGUCACUCCAUCACUAUUUUUUGUUGAGGUAAAGAAAACAGCCGGCGAUACACUGGAAUACCAGCAGUUUUGUAACCAAGAGCUCAGACCUUGUCUCAAAGAUAUAUUAUGGAUGCCGCCACCCCAAGGAGGCUCUCAACAGCAGCCACAACCAGCAUUGCCUGUUUAGAUUAUUGAUUAUUAAUCCUCAAAGUAGAAUUGCAGCCGCAACCACCUUUGCCUGUUUAGAUUAUUGGUUAUUAAUCCCCAAAGGCUCAAAGUAGAAUUUAUUUUGUAUUGUGGUUCAUGUGCGCUUCUCAAAUGGAGCUGCAAGUCUUUUUUUUCCUUUUCUUAUCGAAAUGGAGCUGCAAGUCUCUGAAUGGAAAUGUUCAUGAAUUUCAAAUAUAAUGGAGAUGCAUUAUUGUUUUCCCAAUAAAAA